GUUGUCACUUCACUCGUCCGAAUCUUCUUAACGUCAUUAAUCCGCAAUAAUCCGUUUCGUCUAAGUUAUGCUAAUUGUAGACAGAGUCGCAGAUGCGUCAACGGGUGGACAAUAACAGUACGGCUUGGGCUACUUAGUACCAGUCAUCUGACGAUCUCUUCGCGUAUUCUUACCUUAGUAGUUCUAGUAUACAUACCGUGAUGAAGUUUAGCAUAGAAUCCACAGCUUCCUAUAACAGCAUCCACCCGGCCUAUCAUUACACUGAGCAGUUCGCCAACAAUGGUGAGACCUAUCGGGACGGUACCAAGUGGUACGGAGUGUUCCUGGCGUUUCUAUCAGGAACUUUCUUUACCAUCAGCUCAGCUUUAGUCAAAGCGGUCCGCAACGUAGACCCUAUGAUUUUGCUGGCCAUUCGUGCUCUGGUGCAGAUCCUAACGAUGAUUGUUGUGGCCUGCAGAUCGUCUAGUAAUCUCUUCGGUCCUUCUGAUCAAAGAAUACUCAUACAUUUUCAGGGCCUAGUAGGCGGUAUGACCCUAUCGCUGUUGUACUAUAGCUUCCGAGAAUUACCUUUAGGCGAUGCCACCACGAUCAUAUUCAGCUCACCGGUGAUCGUCAUCGCGCUGUCCUUUGUCUUCCUGAAAGAACCCUGCGGUGUUCUGCGCAUAUUGGUAGUCUGCACGCUCUUGACAGGCGUCAUCCUUGUUGCCAGACCACCCUUUUUAUUCCAGAUGCACCGUGCUGAGAGUUACAAUCUUAUGGGAUAUCUGUGCGCCAUCCUGGCCACUCUCUUCACGGCACUCAACAUCGUCGUCAUGAGAAAGUGCUCGGAGAUACAUUAUUCCAUCCUGGUGCUAAACCUAUCAUGUUGGUCGUUCGUCUCCGCCGUGUUCUUCUACUUCACGGUAUCCGGACACGGUAUUGGACAUGAGCUCCACAAGUUCCGACUACCACACGAUUGGUUCACCUGGGGCCAGAUCCUGCUGGUUGCGUUGACUGGUCUUACCGGUCAGGUGUUGGUGACAAAAGCGCUUAAGAUCGAGGGUGCGGGUAAAGUAUCGGUCACGAGAUCGCUGGACAUCAUUUUGGCAUAUCUGAUCCAGGUUUACAUAUUCGAUGAGAAACCGACAUCAACUAGUCUAACUGGCGCGAUCCUCAUCAUCUCCUCCGUUGUCUGCAUGGGUUUCGAGAAGGAAAUCUACGCGGUCUGCGAUUUCAUUCCUUAGCCAAUGAAACAAUCACUCGGGCGAUCGAUUUCGCAAUAGACGCAAGCAAGAAUUGCUAAAAACGAUCUCAGAUUAUACUCUGUGGUGAG